GCGGCGAGAGGGCACAAUGGAAGGGGGCUGGAUAGAGUUCUGCGCGGCCGAGGAGGCGGGAGAGUUUUGGGGUGUGUGGGGGGAGCGAAGAGAUUGGGACCUGCCGCCUGUGUCCCCGGGAGACCCCGUGGGUGUCGGGGUGGGGGAAUUCCUCGUCGGUGCGGGGGAGCUCUCCCCGCCCUUGUCCUGAGAUACAGGAAGUGAAACUCCCUGGACCGUGAGCCCGGGAGUGGUAGAGAGAACGGAAUCCUUUGUGGAGUGUGAGGGGGGGAUUGCCCGAUCACUGGAAAAGGCUGGGAUGGGGACUUGGGCGCACCCCAGGGUUUCUAAGUCUUGGAGUAAUGGGGAGACGGCACGAGAGGGCUGGAUCAGACGCUUCCAAGAAUGAGAAAUCAAGAAACAGCUCCCAGGCCUCGGCUCCUGCCAGCGCCAUCCAGGUGACCGUGUCGGACCCCUACCAUGUGGUGAUCCUGUUCCAGCCUGUGACCCUGCCCUGCACCUAUCAGGUGGCCUCCACCCUCUCAGUACCCAUCGUGAUCUGGAAGUAUAAGUCUUUCUGCCGGGACCGCAUCGCUGAUGCCUUCUCCCCGGCCAGCGUGGACAACCAGAUCAACAGCCAGAUGGCAACUCUCAACUCGGGCUACAACCCGUACGUGACGUGUGACGACAGCGUGCGUACCGUCAGGGUCGUGGCCACCAAGCAGGGCAAUGCUGUGACCCUGGGUGACUACUACCAGGGCCGGAGAAUCACCAUCACAGGAAAUGCUGACCUGACGUUUGACCAGACGGCUUGGGGAGACGGUGGCGUAUAUUACUGCUCUGUGGUCUCGGCCCAGGACCUUGGGGGGAACAACGAGGCCUACGCAGAGCUCAUCGUUCUGGACUGGCUGUUCGUGGUUGUGGUCUGCCUGGCCGGCCUGCUCUUCUUCCUCCUCCUGGCCAUCUGCUGGUGCCAGUGCUGCCCCCACACCUGCUGCUGCUAUGUCAGGUGCCCCUGCUGCCCGGACAAGUGCUGCUGCCCCAAGGCCCUGUAUGUUGCUGGCAAAGCGGCCACCUCAGGAGCCCCCAGCAUCUACAGCCCUGACACCUAUGCCUACUUCUCCGCUACCAAGACCCCGCCACCACCAGCCAUGAUUCCCAUGGCCCCUGUCUACAACGGUUACCCUGGAGAUUUUGACAGGAACAGCUCAGUCGGUGGCCACAGCUCCCAGGUGCCCCUGCUUCGUGACACGGACAGCAGUGUGACCUCCGAGGUGCGAAGCGGCUACCGGAUUCAGGCCAAUCAGCAGGAUGACUCCAUGCGGGUCCUGUAUUACAUGGAGAAAGAGUUGGCCAACUUUGACCCUUCACGACAUGGUCCGCCCAAUGGCCGUGUGGAGCGGGCCUUGAGUGAAAUCACCUCCCUCCACGAGGACGACUCGCGAUCCCAGCCUUUCAGGGGCCCUGCUUUCACCCCCGUCCGGGAUAAGGAAUGGGGCCGACGCUCCCCCCGGAGCCCCAGGAGGUGGGAGCAGGAGCCCCUGGCAGAGCAGCCAGGGGGAGGCUGGGGGGUUCGGCGGCCCCGAGCCCACUCUGUGGAUGCUCUGGAUGAUCGGACGCGGCCGGGCUCCCCUGAAUCGGAGAGGUCUCCCCCAAGUAGCGGGAGGAGAGGCCGGGCCUCUGCAGUCCCGAGAAGCCGCAGCCGCGAUGACCUCUACUAUCAAGAUGACUCGAGGGACUUCCCACACGCCUGGGGUCCUCACUAUGCUGAGUUCAGGUCUGGGGGCCGCCCGCAGGCUGACUCCGGGGCCCCCCACGCCCGUUCCCGGGACCCUCCGGAGGACGGCCGCAGGUCCGGGAGUCCCCACUAUGACAGGCGGCAGCUGGAGGAGGCCUUGAGGAGGAAGGGGGCUGGAGAGAGGAGGCGAGCCUGCAGGGAGGACGAGGAUGAGGCCUACUGCGGGUCAGAGCCUCCACCCUACACGCCCUACUCGGAGACCGAGUCGCAGGCGUCGCGGGAGCGGAGGCUGAGAAGGAACUUGGCCCCGAGUCGAGAAAGUUUAGUCGUCUGACCUCAUGUUUUAUAUGUAGCUUUUUGUACAUUUUUUUUUUUAAUUCGAGGAGGGUCUACUGAUGGUCUCUCUCCUCCUGAAUCUAAUAAAAUGUGUAA